UUGUUCUGACUAUAUAAUGUUUAUCUUUCAGCCUCAUGAGAGUUCAAGUAACUGGACUAACACCAGCUCCACCAUAUCCAGUCUCUCUGCCCAAGUACCAAGGAUAUCUGUGUCUGAGCAUCACAACAGUACCAUGGCAACCAUCAGCACAGCAAUCAACUUCAUCCACAACAGGAGCAGCUUAGUUAUUGCAUACAACCAGACAAUUCCUUCUGAGAAAAAUGCACGAUCUCAACAGGACCAGUGCUGGGAGACCUAUGUUGGACAGGAGAUGUUGAAGCUUUCUAUUAUUGACAUGAUCUUCACAGUGGCCAGCAUCUUGCUCAUUGACUUUAUCAGGGGUCUGGUGGUUCGCUAUCUGAGUGACUGCUGCUGCUGGGACUUAGAAAGCAAGUUUCCUGAAUAUGGAGAAUUUAAAAUAGCUGAAAAUGUCCUACACUUGAUUUACAACCAAGGAAUGAUCUGGAUGGGAGCCUUUUUCUCUCCAUGCCUUCCUGCCUUUAAUGUGUUGAAACUGAUUGGUCUCAUGUAUCUAAGGAGCUGGGCUGUCCUCACUUGUAAUGUUCCUCAUCAGCAGGUUUUCCGAGCUUCCAGAUCAAAUAAUUUCUACUUGGCUAUGCUACUUUUCAUGCUGUUCCUGUGUAUGCUCCCCACCAUCUUUGCCAUUGUGCGAUAUAGACCAUCGGAACACUGUGGACCAUUCAGUGGCCAGGAGAAGAUUUAUGACAUCAUCUCAGAUACAGUGGCAUCAGACUUUCCACUUUGGUUCAGUAAAGUGAUGAGUUAUGUCACCAGCCCUGUUGUGGUGCUGCCAGCAGUGCUACUGCUAUUUAUGCUGAUAUAUUAUCUUCAAGCCAUUGCCAGAUCCCUAAAAUUUACCAACAACCAACUGAGGAUUCAGCUCCAGACUGGAAUUGCAAUAUUCAGAGGGAACUCUAUCGAAUAAUGAGUUGCUGUUUUUGUUGAGCUGAGAGAAUGACAAUGG